UGCUGAGGCUCCCAGACCUGCUUCACCAGCAGCAAACGGUGCUGAGGCUCCCAGACCUGCACCAGCAACAGAAGUUGCUGAGGUUCCCAGACCUGCUGCACCGGCAACAAAAGAUGUUGAGACUCCCAGAUCUGCACCGGCAACAGAAGAUGUUGAGGCUCCCAGAUCUGCACCGGCAACAGAAGAUGUUGAGGCUCCCGGACCUCCACCGGCAACAGAAGAUGUUGAGGCUCCCGGACCUCCACCGGCAACAAAGGAUGUUGAGGCUCCCGGACCUCCACCGGCAAUUGAGCAUGCAGGAGAGGGUCCAUCUGGUUCAUUUGAAGCUCGCGAGUCGGAAGAUGCAGGAGAGGGUCCUUCUGGGGUACUUGGAAGUAGCGUGUUGUAUCUGCCAGGAAGACAAGCAUCACAUGGUCCUGGUACUAGCAGUGAAAGCGCAAUAAAGGCUCUGUUGACCGCUCGUCCCAAGAGGAGCAACAGCGCAGCAAAGGAGGCACUGCGCGGCCUUGACACUGAAAGUCACCCUUUCUAUCGCACGCCUUCGACGGGUGGCCGGAAACCCAGGAGACCUGUUCUCCGAGAUUUGUCUCUUCUAAGUAGUGAUGGAACGAAACUACAUGCACCAAUUUUGCUCGAUUUGCGCGAAAAGUUUACCAAGCCUGUACUAGACGAGUGGGACCUCGACUUCUUGCUCUCUCUGGCGGAACGUCUUGCUGCUAAUAUAUAUUACUUCGAGGAAACGGCUCUGCCCAAACUGCCCUGCAAACUCGUCGCGGAAGACAAGCAUCACAUGGUCCUGCCUGUACUAGACGAGUGGGACCUCGACUUCUUGCUCUCUCUGGCGGAACGUCUUGCUGCUAAUAUAUAUUACUUCGAGGAAACGGCUCUGCCCAAACUGCCCUGCAAACUCGUCGCGGUGCUGGGCAGGCGAUAUUUGCUCCUUGACGCCUUUGUAACCGUCCUAGGCGUACUUGGAGAGACGACGAGAGACGACUGGUGGAGAUCACUUGUUGGAGGCAUGCCAACUGAUUUCAGGCUUCCGAUUCCACGCAGAAGAAUGACAGGACGGGAUUUAUUUACGCGCGACCUACUUCUAGACUUAGGGGAUGCCAUAGACAGUUUGAAGAGAGGCAUGCGCCCUUGUAGCCUCGACACCGUCCAUAUUAAACAACGGCUGUUCUGCAGUGGGCUUGCUCCUCCAGCUUUUAAGUCGCCCACUUUCGAUCCCUGGAGAGAAGAUGACAAAUUGUUUUGGAGUGGUCUUUCGACUCCCAAGCCACGGUAG